AUGCCGGCGGCUGACGAAUAUAUUUUUGUCUCCCGCGGAUGUAACAACGAGACUAUCGAAGAAGGCUACUGCAAUGGACUCCCAAUUUGUGGUUAUUGCUAUGGUGGGGGCACCGAAGGCCCGGUCGCCUCUUGGCAAUAUGAAUUAUUCAAUUUAGUCGUGAUUGGUUUCAUUCUACCACUGAUCGGAAUUUUUGGAUUAUUUGGAGAUGCCGUCAGUGCUUUUAUCUAUUCAAGAAGAGAAAUGCAAUCCUCGCUAAAUGUGUAUCUCUGCGCACUGGCAAUAUCUGAUAUGAUCGUAAUAGUCACCGCAUUUUUCCUCUUCUUUAUCGAAUCGAUGCGAAAGCGCUCGCUGUUCGCUUCCAGGGUUUUUGCACAAUUAGCACCAUAUAUGUUUCCUGUCGGGUUGACUGCUCAAACAUUAUCCGUGUUUCUCACCGUGGCUGCUGCUUUUGAUUGUUUGGUGCUUGUGGCGAUGCCGAGAUUUCGAGCUAGAUUUUGCAAGAUUCAGACAGCCCUUAAGAAUAUCGGGUUGAUUUUCUGCUUGGCUUGUCUCUACAACAGUCCGCAUAUUUUUGAGAUCUACACAAUCGAUUGUUGGUCGUUGGUCUACCGCCAAAAGUCGAAAGAUGUAUGCCCAACGGAAUUAAGACAAAAUGUGGACUACUUAACAAUCUACUAUGCCUAUCUAUAUACCAUUGUAAUGGCUGCCGGACCAGUUAUCUUACUCUUCAUCAUCAAUUCAGCCAUCGUCAUUUUCAUCCGGAAAGAGACCAAGAAAGGUCAUCCGGUUGCUUCGGAAUCUGAUACUUUGACGUUGGUGCUGGUCGUGGCGUUGUUCGUCAGCUGUAAUAUUUUGCCAUUAACCGUGAAUUUUCUGGAGCUUUUCCUGGGCUUUGUCAACACCUAUAUGAUUGAUUUGUCAAAUUUAAUGGUGGUGGUCAACUCGUCAUGCAAUUUCCUUAUCUACUAUGCAUUUGGUGCCAAUUUUAGACGAACGCUGAAAGGUUAUUUCAAGAAUUUCGUGCGCAGCAAGGGGCGGACCGGCAAUCCAUUGCUAGCCGUCAUUCCACAAACCGAGGAGCGCUUGAUU